GCAAAUAAAAUAAAAUUUGCAUUUUUUUGCUUUUACUUCAUCUCACGCACAACAAACUACUAAACGUCGAUAACAAUUUGAUGUAUAGUGGCGCUCUUUUGUUAGUGAAUAGAUCUGAUACCAGAAAUACCAACAAUUUUAGCUAAUUUUUCAAUUAUCCUCUGUAACAAAAGCCAAAAAGAAGGAAAAUAUAGUGCAAUAAGUUUUAUACAAGUUAGCAACAUCAUAAAAAUUGGUACUAAAAAGACUGGUACCCAGAUCCAUUAGGUAAAUUUACUGUAAAGUUGUAAACUAAUAAUUAUUGACACUUCAAUAUGAUUGUAUUAUAUUAUUGUAAUCAUUCCUAUUUGUAAUGUAAGUUGAUAAUAAGAUACGUUUUCAAUAGUAAUGUUAUUUUCCAUAAAUAUUGUGCUUUUAUUAUUGUUUUAAAUAUUUCAAAUAGUGUAAGUAAAAUGGGUGGGCUAUUUAGUAAAAGUAAGAAACCCGUCAGUAGAGUCACUGAACAAGAUAAAGCAAUCUUACAAUUGAAGCAACAAAGAGAUAAGUUAAAACAAUAUCAAAAGAAAAUUGAAUUAAAUUUAGAGAAAGAUCGGCUUUUGGCUAAAAAAUUAUUGGCCGAAGAUAAGCGCGACAGAGCGAAGUCACUACUUAAAAAGAAGAGAUAUCAAGAAAAUUUACUACAUAAUGCUGAUAUUCAGUUAGAAAAAUUAGAACAACUUACGCAUGAUCUAGAAUUUACUCAAAUUGAAGUACAGGUUCUGGAUGGUUUAAAGACUGGAAACGAAGCUCUGAAAAAAGUUCAUGAUAUUCUUAACAUUGAUGAUAUAGAAAAGAUUUUGGACGAAACAAGAGAGGGUAUAGAAAAACAAAGAGAAAUAGAUGAACUAAUUUCUGGUCAAUUAACUGAAGAGGAUAAUGAAGCCAUUGAUGCGGAGCUCGAAGCAAUACUUGAUGUGAAGGAUGAGUUGCCUGAAGUGCCUACAGAUAAAUUGCCUGAUGUAGUUGAAGAGAAGGAACCUGAGAGACCUCAAAGAACAAAAUCUAGCACGAAGAAGAUUGCUGUUGAGGCCUGAUAAUAUAAUGAUGUUUCUAUGUUUAUAGUAUAUUAUGAAUUAUUAAGUAUAUUUUAUUAUUAUUUUAAAAUUCUUUAUUUAAUACCCUUAAGAAUUUUAUACAUUUUUCAAUUCAUCUUUAUGAAGAAAUUUAGUGAGGAAUGUAAUUUUAACAUUAUAUAUUGGUUAUUAAAGGUUUAAAGCAGAUUUAAUUUUAUCUCAAAGUUACAAGGCAUAAGAUGCAUCACAUCUAUAAAAACACUUGAAAGGUUCUUUCUAAAAAUAAACAAAAAUGAAUUAUAGAUCUUCAAUCAGACUGAUGACUUAAUUAACUUGAAAACAUUAAGGUAGAAAAUUUCUAUGCAGGUGUUUUUUUUUUAUUUUUAUGAAAAGUGUAAGUUAUUAUUGACCCCACUGAAGAUUCCGUUAACUAUGUUGGUACUUGGAAGAAGGUAUCCAUAAAGCUUAUAACCCUUUGACUGCCAACAUCGACUACAGGAGUAAUAACAGGUCCAGACAGACAACCACAAUUUUAAGCUACAUCA